AUGUUUAUACAUCUGAACUGUGGACAUGAUGCAAAUGACGAGGUGCAAAAUAAAAUCAGGCUAGUCGAGAUCCGUGCAGCUCAGAGGACGUACGAGGGGGCCUACAUGCGGACCGCCCUAUCGCAGUUCAGCUUCGCCCUCAUCAUCUUAAAGAUUUUCACGUCCGAGUUCUAUCCUAUCGGGGCCCUCUUUGCCGUUUACGGUUUCUGCGUCUUGUUGGUCGCAGUUUAUCGGCGUCAUGAGGGCAAUCGCCAAUUCUUCAACGAAGAAGUCUCAGACAGUGACACGUACCCUGCUCGCAAUGGCGUUGGGGGCCAUGGCGACCAUGAAAGGCAAACAUUGACCAAGAGGAAGUUUCGCACCAGUGGGAACAGUGUUGUUCUACUCGCCGCCUUGAGUCUCGGGGCAUACAUCACUUUGCUGUAUCUUAUCUGGAACAUGGAGGCUUGA